AUGUCGAUCCGCCGCCUGCGCGCUUUGGAUUUUCGUGGAGUCCGCGAGCGCCGCUCCGGCGCCUUCUACUCCGAGAUCUGGUUUCGCGAGAAACGUCUCAUCCUCGGUACCGUCGACACCGCAGAGGAGGCGGCCCGCGCGCACGACGCGGCGGAUCUGGCGCCUCUCCCGCGGCUUUUCACCGACGAGGAUCGUCGUGUCCACCGGAGGCGGCAGCGUCGCCUCGCCAUCGUGGAGAAGGACGUGGAAGCCUUGGUGGUGUGGCGCGGAGGCUUCCCGCAGGACAUCGUCGACGAGCGCCAGUUCUACAAGCAAAGGAGGUUGGAGAGGGACGCGAGGAGGAGGGAGCGAGCCGCCUAUCGGGAGGACAAGCGUUCGCGGAAGCAGGCAGCUCAAUUGAAACUGAAGCUACGAGAAACGUCGGGUUGGGACUUUGAAGACGAGCAGCUUGCUGACGCCUACAUUCAGACGUCGGAGGAAGACAUUAUCGAGUCGGAGUCAGAAAGCGACGAAUAG